AUGCUUCAAGUGCCUGUACGGGGAGAUCCCAACCAGUCCUCCACCAAGGCUGUGAUCUUGGUCGGAGGCCCUUCUAGAGGUACUCGGUUCCGCCCAUUGUCGCUCGAUGUGCCCAAGCCCCUGUUCGAAGUCGCCGGCCACCCCAUCAUCAACCACUGCCUGAAGGCGAUCGCUAAAGUCGAAGAUGUGCGCGAGGUUAUUCUGAUUGGAUACUACGAUGAGACUGUCUUCCGGGACUUUAUCAAGGAUGCUUCGACGGAGUUCCCCCAGUUCCGCAUCCAGUACCUGCGGGAGUACACAGCGUUGGGCACCGCCGGUGGAUUGUACCACUUCCGUGAUGCGAUCCUGAAGGGCAAGCCCGAGCGCCUGCUGGUGCUGAACGCCGAUGUCUGCUGCUCGUUCCCGCUGGGUGAGAUGCUGCGCUUGUUUGAGGAGAAGGAUGCGGAGGCUGUUAUUCUGGGUACACGGGUGACGAACGAGGCUGCGUCCAACUUUGGUUGCCUUGUCUCCGACUCCCACACCAAGCGAGUCCUGCACUACGUCGAGAAGCCCGAGUCGCACAUCUCCAACCUCAUCAACUGCGGUGUCUACCUCUUCGCCACCGAGUGCAUUUUCCCCGCCAUUCGCAGCGCCAUCAAGCGCCGCACUACCCGUCCCCGCCUCCUCUCAUACCCCUCCUCCGAUAACCUCGAGUCCUCCUUUGUCGCUGGGGAUGACGAGGACGGCGAGAAGAACGAGGUCCUCCGCCUCGAGCAGGACAUCCUCUCCGAUCUGGCCGACAGCAAUCGCUUCUUUGUCCACGAGACUAAGGAUUUCUGGCGACAGAUCAAGACUGCUGGUUCUGCCGUGCCUGCCAACGCUCUUUACCUCCAGAAGGCCUCACCCCCUCCCUCCGCUACCAUCGUGCCCCCGGUCUACAUUCACCCCUCCGCUACCGUCGACCCCACUGCCAAGCUUGGCCCGAACGUCUCAAUUGGUGCCCGCGUGGUGGUCGGUGCUGGUGCCCGUAUCAAGGACUCUAUUGUCUUGGAGGACUCUGAGAUCCGCCACGAUGCCUGUGUGAUGCACUCCAUUAUUGGCUGGAGCAGCCGCGUCGGUGCCUGGGCUCGUGUUGAGGGUACUCCCAUCCCCAUCGGCACCCACUCCACCAGCAUCAUCAAGCAGGGCGUCAAGGUGCAGAGCAUUACCAUUCUCGGCAAGGAGUGCGGCGUUGGUGAUGAGGUCCGCGUGCAGAACUGUGUCUGCUUGCCGUACAAGGAGCUCAAGCGGGACGUCGCUAACGAGGUCAUCAUGUAA